AAAUAUAAAGAAAUUUAAUUUGAAAUUUUAUUUGAAUUAUAUCCUUGGUGAUUAGUAUAAAUAUCCGUCAAAUUUGGUAUUUGCUAUCAUUAAAACUCCUGCUUUUGUAUAAACGAGAGUCACAAAUAACCAAACAAAACUCAAAAUGUUCAAAUACGCUGUUGUUGUCUUCGCCCUCAUCGCCUGCGCCGCCGCCAAACCCGGUAUCCUCGCCGCCGCUCCUUUGGCCUACGCUGCGCCCGCCGCUGUCGUCGCCGCUCCAGCUCCGGUUGUGACUGCCACCAGCAGCCAAGUGAUCGCUCGUAACUACAAUGGCAUCGCCGCCGCUCCAGUUGUUGCUGCUGCUCCAGUGGUUGCCCGUUAUGCCGCUGCUCCAGUUGCUGCCCCCGUUCUUGCUGCCCCAGCUCCAGUGGUGACCGCCACCAGCAGCCAAGUGAUCGCCCGCAACUACAAUGGCAUCGCCGCUGCUCCAGUUGUUGCUGCCGCCCCCGUUGUUGCCCGUUAUGCCGCUGCAGCUCCAUUGGUUGCAUCUCAUUACGCCGCGGCUCCACUUGCCUCUUCCCUCCUUUGGUAAAUAAAGGAUCGCCUAGAGAAUCGCAAAGACCAUAUGAUUAGAGUGAAAUAAAAAAAAUCGAGUUGAAACAAUCUAAA